UGUGGGUUCGUGGGCACUUUUCGUAGAGCGGUGGAAGAUGGACGCGGGAUUCUUCCGCGGUACAAGCGCAGAACAAGACAAUCGCUUUAGCAACAAACAGAAGAAAUUGUUAAAGCAGCUGAAGUUUGCAGAAUGCCUGGAAAAGAAGGUGGAUAUGACAAAGGUGAACCUUGAAGUAAUCAAGCCAUGGAUUACACAGAGAGUUACAGAAAUAUUGGGAUUUGAAGAUGAUGUUGUCAUUGAGUUUAUUUUUAACCAACUUGAGGAGAAGAAUCCAGACAGUAAAAUGAUGCAGAUUAAUCUCACUGGAUUCCUGAAUGGGAAGAAUGCACGAGAGUUUAUGGGAGAGCUGUGGCCAUUACUUUUGAGUGCACAAGAAAACAUUGCUGGGAUUCCCUCUGCUUUCUUGGAGCAGAAGAAAGAGGAAAUCAAACAGAGACAGAUUGAACAAGAAAAGCUGGCCUCUUUGAAGAAGCAAGAUGAAGAAAAAGAUAAAAAAGAUAAGGACACUAAGGAAAGCAGAGAGAGAGACAAAUCAAAAAGCCCAAGAAGGAAAAAAACACGUUCUCCUUCACCUAGGAGAAGGUCACCACUUAGACGAGAAAGAAAGCGUAGUCAUUCUCGGUCUCCACGUCGAAAGACAAAGAGUCCCAGUGCUUCACCAUCUCCUCCUCCACUUCCAACAAAGAAAUCUUUACAGCUGUCACCUGAGCAUGACCAUUUGCCAAUCUUGAAAAAAGAUUUGCUCAUACAGGAAGCUUCAUCUACAAGUGAUAUUUUGAAAGAAGUUAAACCUGAUUCUGUUCAGGAAGCAAAAGAUGCCUCACCAGACAGACCUUUAAAGAAGGAAGAAAAGCCAAAACAGAAAGAAAAGGAGAAAGAGACUAGAGAACGAAACCGACACAGAUCUCGGUCACGUUCAAAAUCACGGUCAUUGUCUCGGUCACAUUCUCGAACAAGACGACGACAAAGGUCACGUUCCAGAUCAUGGUCCCUCCGGAGACGGCCAAGUCCUAGAAGACGUCCUUCUCCACGAAGGCGGAGCCCUCCAAGAAGAGUCCCUCCACCUGCAAGACACAGGAGAAGUAGGUCACCAGUGAGAAGAAGACGAUCUCCAUCCCCUUCCUCAUCAGGGAGCAGCUCAUCAUCGUCUUCAUCUCGGUCACGAUCUCCUCCAAAGAAACCUGUUAAACGCAUUUCUAAUACCCCUCCCCGUUCCAAGCCUCGUCGGUCAUCUCCUUCAGCAAGCCCACCCCGCAGGCGUCACAGGACACCACCUCCUAGUCCACCUCCCAAAAGUCGCAGGUCCACGACUCCUCAGCCAUCUAGUCGUUCAAAGAAAGGGCGUAGUUCAGUUUCUCCUACAAGACCUACAGCUUCUAAACGCAAGAUCAAUGUAAAGAAUGAAUCCCCAUCACCAGCACCAAAGCCUAGAAGAUCUGAACAUUCAGAAUCGGAAGAGGAGAAAGGGGGAAAAGGAGCAACAGCAGAUUCUGUGCAACAGAGACGCCAAUAUCGCAGGCAGAAUCAACAGUCUUCAUCAGAAACUGGAUCAUCCUCCUCCUCUGAAGAUGAAGGACCUAAAAAGUCAGGAGCAAGAAAUGGAGAAAUCAAAAGACGAAGACCCCAUUCAGUUUCGCACAGUGUCUCUCCUUCUCCAAGGAGGCGGCCAAGAGAGGCAUCCCCUAGGAUGCCGCUUGGAAAGAGGUGGCAGUCUCCAUUGGCUAAAAGACGACGACGAAGUCCUUCUCCUCCCCCUCAAGGAAGACGACGGCGCACUCCAUCUCCCCCUCCACCUCCUCGACGCAGAAGGACUCCAUCUCCUCCCCCUCGGCGCAGAUCGCCUUCACCUCAACCACGUAGACGUACACCAUCACCAAGACGAUACUCUCCUCCAAUUCAGAGGAGGUACUCUCCAUCACCACCACCACCUAAAAGAAGAGGAUCAGUAACUCCUCCUCCAAAAAGACGAACCUCUCCAUCCCCAGCUCCCAAACGCCGUGCCUCCAGAUCACCCGUACCUAAGCGCAGGGUUUCACCUCCACCAAAGAGGAGGUCUCCUUCGCCUAGACAUAGGAGGAGUCCUCCAGUAAGCAGACAGAUAAGGGAAGUACGUUCCCCUCCUGUUCACAGUAAGCGUCUCUCACCAUCCCCUGCUCCCAGAGGAAGAAAUGUUAGAGCAUCUGGAAGUCCACCUCCAAGACGAGGGUCCUCAGGCUCACCACAACAGCAAAGACGUCAGCAGUCGCUUUCUCCAAGCAAUAGACCUAUCAGAAGGGUAUCAAGGACACCGGAACCUAAAAAGACUAUAAAGGAGUCACUUAGUCCUCCUCCAGCUGUAAAUAGGAUACCCUCAAGAUCUGUAUCUGGAUCACCUGAUCCCUCUAGAAAGAAAAGACCAGUUGCACCAUCAGCUUGUCGAUCUCGAUCACCAACAGGUUCUCCACCUCCACCAGUGAAAAAGGCUAAGAGUGAAUCUCGUAGUCCAUCUCCUGCAAAGAAUUCUGAUCAAGAAGCUGGAGGAAAGAAAAAGAAGAAGAAAAAGGACAAGAAGCACAAAAAAGACAAAAAACACAAGAAGCACAAGAAACAUAAAAAGGAAAAGGCAGCAGCCGCUGCAGCAGCAGCUGGGGUGGCUGCUGUUUUCCCAGAAACCUCUUUACCUGAGCCUGAGCCUGAAGCUGAAGCUGAUGCUGAUGCUGAUUCAGAUCCAGAUCUUAAAAAGGGUUCAGACACUGACGCAGAAGACAACCUUGAUGAUUUAGAAAAGCAUCUUCGAGAAAAGGCUCUGCGAUCUAUGCGAAAGGCUCAGUCAUCUCCACAGUCAUAAAUAACCAUGAAGGGCCCAAAACACCACUGGUUAAUAGGUUCUUGUAAUCCGGUUGCGCUCUAGAAUGUACAGUUUGUUUUUGAUUUGGGAAUUACUUUUUAUUUCAUAAAACCAUGACUUUAAGUAAUGCCAGUUGAGCACAUUGGGUUUUUCCAUUUGUUCCAAUAUUCGGUUUUAUUUUUUCAGUGUUAUUUGCCUGUGGGAGUUAAUACAAAUGUAAUUACAUUUAUUGCUCUUGUCAUCUUUUGACCCUGAACUUUUUUAUAAAUAUAUAUAUACACACA